GGACAGCCUUGACGCCAAAGACUGGCGACGCACUUCAUGGUGUUGUAUCUUUGUUGUUUGUAUUUUUAUACAGUGAUUUUCAAGUUUCGCGAGGAAAUAAAGAGGCUGUUUAGUACACAGCCACCGACUGCUUCACCAAACCAUUGUCGUCGUCACCGGUUUCCGGUUUUGAAUGGACUUGCGAACAUUUAGGCACAGAUAAAACGCAGCCAUGUUCCACAACAGCUCACAGGGGAAAUACUGGACAUUUAAAAGUGAAGACGAGGUGGAGCAGAUGAGAUACAAAGCCAACCAGAAAUUCCGUAACAAGAUACUAGAAAGUGGGAAACCCGGGGUGAGUGAGUCCAAGUUCCUUGAGCGUCAUGAGGAAGAUGUUAUAUUCCGACACUAUGAGAGGAGGAUGCUGGACUUCUGCAAUGCUUUCAAGCCUGUGAUGCCGAAGUCUGUCGUGGGCACAGCCAUCAUGUACUUCAGAAGAUUUUACCUCAACAACUCUGUCAUGGAGUACCACCCCAGGAUUAUCAUGCUGACAUGUACAUACCUGUCCUGUAAAGUGGAUGAGUUCAACGUGUCCAGCACCCAGUUUGUGGGAAACCUCCUGCAGGAGACCCCCGAAGGGCAGGAAAGGGUUCUAGAGCAGAUCCUGGAGUACGAGCUGCUGCUGAUCCAACAACUCAACUUUCACCUGGUGGUGCACAACCCCUACAGACCCAUGGAGGGUCUGCUCAUUGAUCUGAAGACAAGGUAUCCUACGCUGGAGAACCCAGAGUCGCUAAGGAAGAGUGCUGAUGACUUUCUGACACAGGCAGCCAUGACAGAUGCGGGACUGCUGUUUCCCCCCUCUCAGAUCGCUCUAACAGCGAUUCUGAACAGCGCCUCCAGAGCCGGUCUCAGCAUGGAGAGCUACCUGACUGAAUGUUUACGACUCAAAGAGGACAAGGAGACUCUGUCAAAGAUGUACGACUCAAUGAGACGCAUGAAAACUCUUCUAAAGAAAUAUGAACUUCCCAAACCAGAGGAGGUGAAUGCUUGCAAAAAGAAACUGGAGAGGAUUCAUGCUGAAUUUGCCAGUUCAAGCAACAAACGAAAGAGAGGAUAUGAAGAAGACGGACAUGUAUCAAAAGAACCACGUUUGGCAGAAGAGGAAUGGACCGAUGAAGACCUGAUGUGACCUUUUACUCCAAAACAGUUUUGGAUUCAAACAAAGUUUACAGUUAUUAUGAGUUAUUCCCAAUAUUGAACUGUCAAGGUUGGAUGACCAACCGUUCCUAGAGAACACAAUGGACAUGUCAUAGACAGUUUGCAUAUUGGUACAUGUUGUAUUUACUUUCCUACAAGACACUGUAGGAACAACUUUGUUCUGCGGUAACAAUAAAGAUAUUUUUCUACAUUUUGUGUUUUAAGUUCCUGCAGAAAGUUCCACAUAACCAAGCCACAUGAUACUGUGCGCAUGUUUCUCCACCUCUGUCAGGGGACAAUGAAUGACUCCGUAAUCUACUUUACAAAAACUGUUUAAUAAGUGCAUGCAUGUCUGAUACAGUCUGUACUAUUCAAAAAAUUUACUGCUGUAAACACUUUUCAUUUUUACUUGGUUUUCUCUGAUUAUGUGUCUUGUCUGGCAUUGAGAAGUUUCAAAAAAAGACUUAACCAAAUAAUCAAAAAAUAGCUGAUACAAUCUGAGGAGGAAAAAAAAAAUUCAGCUCAUCUCACUUAUAUACUCAUGAUUCCAGCAAGAGAAUUUAUUCUUAAUAUAAAAUAACCAUACUUUUCUGAAAGACUUUGUUCCAAUCUAGAAAACAAAGAAAGGAAAAAAAAAGAACAAAUAGACAGAAAUGC